GUACACAGAAUAGCAGACGAAGCGAUAGACGGUAGCACCUUGUGGAAAAAGAACACGUUUUGAAAUUCAAGUGGAAAUUAAGAACAAACUUUCUUGUUACCUCAACGACCAGUCGCUUUGGUAAAUUGGAGUGCCUGUAAAUUUUAUAUGACCUCUGAAAUGGAUGAGACAUCAAGUGAGCAAAUGACACCAGUCGAGAGAGACACGAACGAAAGAUUGGAAGUAGCAGAGAUUUACAGAAACAAGCACAAAGGACGCAAAUUUAAGAAUCCUCGUACUGCUCAUCGCAGUAUUUUCUCCACUUGCAUGGCGAGAUGUGAAAAUCAGCAACCGUUUUCUGGUCUUAAAACAUCCAACACCACAUUCCUUGAUGAAAUAGAUAGAAGAGGGAACUGUGAGAAUUGUGGGAGGUCAAGGAAAUUCUUUUGUUACACAUGUCAUAUACCUCUACCAGCAAUUAAAGAGUUAGUUCCUUAUAUUCCAAGCCUCCCAUGCCGUAUAGAUGUUAUCAAACAUCCAAAUGAACAUGACGGAAAAAGUACAUCUAUUCACGCUGCUGUAGUGGCCCCAGAAAUGGUGAAAAUUUUCACUUUCCCUAACUUCCCAGACUAUAGUAUUGAAGAUGGGGUGGUUCUAGUUUAUCCCUGCGACGGAGCGGUUCCUAUGACAACGAUGACGACUAGCCGGGCGGCUGAGAUCCAAAAAAUGGUCUUUAUCGAUUCAACAUGGGCUCAAGCCAAGCAGAUUUACAAGGAUUCACGUUUAAAAGCGCUUCCAUGUGUCGUUUUACGGACGCGGAAGUCUCUUUUCUGGCGGUAUCAACUGGGCAAACCAGACAGUUACUUGGCCACAAUCGAAGCUAUCUACGACGCUGUUGUUAGUCUGGACGAGCGCCGGCGUGGACCGGAUUCUGAUGGAGCGAGCAGUUACGAUGGGAGCUACGAUAAUUUGCUCUUCUUUUUCCGCUAUUUUUAUGAGAAAAUGGAAGAUUUGUACUUUCACAAAUCACCAGCUGUCUGACAUGUGGAAUCUAUAUCGGUUGUGAACCAGGACAUUAUCGAUCCAUUACAUGGUCCGAAUUCAAA